GUGGUUGGCAACCCUGCAUGUAGCAGGGGGUGUUGAAACUAGGUGAUCAUUGUGGUCCUUUCCAACCCAGGCCAGUCUAUGAUUUCAAUAGAAUGAUUCCAUGAAAACAGUAAAAUGAGUAUAUUAACUCAUAAUAUAAUGUGCAGACAUUUUAAUAUUCAUUAUCAAUUAGAAAUUUGAUUACCAAAAGCAAGAAUCUGACAGUAAAAAAACACAAUAUCUUGUUAUUCUUACUGGAAAUGCCUCAGCUGAUGAGUAGGUUAUGAUACUUCACAAAUGAAGAAGAGAGAGUAGAGAAUUUAAUCUUGCUUAUGGACUUCCAUACAGUAAUACCUGCUGCACUCAUCACCAUUUAGAUAUUUAAAUGCUAGAUUGACAGAAACUAUUUGAAACUUAACAGUGUUAAGAAAAUAUUUAGGGACAAGAAUGUUCUGGUAAUAGAUAUAUUGAUAAUGUUAUUCAACAUUAAGCUUCACUGUUAGUGUAACAAAGCUCAGCAAAAUGCACAUAGGUGAGUUUCAAAUUGUUAAAACUGCACACUGAACUGCAAAAAUGGAGCAACAAAAGUAUUGCCAGCUUGAUAGAAAGGUGAGGGAAGUUAUCAUCUGUUUUUGGGAUUCUCUGAGCUUAGAAAGUUAUACUGGAGAUGAACAAGACACUCACAUAGCAGUGCAACAGCCUUGCUGUUACACUCAGUGGUUGCACAGUAACCACAAGGGCUUCCCAGUAGUAGGAACCCUCUUUCCUGGAAGAUUAAAGAGUUUCAAGAGCUCUACAGUUGCACAUAAGGGCUACAAAUGCAUUAAGUACAAAUACUCAGGCUUGUCAUGGGUAUUUUUGGAAGAUGCAGCGCGAAAACCUAAAUAAUGCAGACCUGUGACAGUGAUUGAAUAAAGAAAUAGGUGGAGAAAGCAUCAUGUUUCUUUCAGUGGGUUAGUACAAACACUCCCUGAGCUUGCCAUCUAAAUUUGCAGUCCCAAACUAUUAAGUCUGUAUCUGAUCCAACCUUUUUAUCUUCAGAAAGGGCCAAAAUUUCAUAGUAACACCUCCUCUGGGUAAAACACAGCCUUCUGUUAGGAGGGUCACACAGGGCUUCCAGCCCUACUGGAAAAAUGAUGAGUUGUUGAGGUCAGAAGCCCUUUUGACACAGUUGUAUAUCCCAUUGAAAACCCACACAAAAUCAGACCCAAAAGCAGAUCACUGCAAAACCUCUACUUCACACACAAACCAGAUUUGUGGGUACAAGAAAUCAACCCUAUGCAUAAUGAUCAUUCUUCAGACAUUUUCACUGGAAAAAAGAGAAGCCACUUCAGUGUAAACUAUAUGGUUUUAGGAUUACUAAAAUGUAAUAUAUUGAACUGCUCCACUUAAUUGUCAUUUUUUUCCUUGAAAUCAUGAUUUGUAGCUAGGUGUUGGUUUUAGGGAAAGGACACUUUUUUCAUUACACAGUAGGAGAGUGGGAAUUAUGCAACAAUCUCAAAAGCUUGUUAAAGAUGAGUUUACUAACUGGUUGGUCAAAUAUUUCCCUAGAAUUUCUCUUUGGUAGCAUUUUCAAACCAUGAUUUUAAGGACUUUUAGAUUAUACAGCUACUUAUUUAUUCUCUAAAUGAGACCAUUUCAGCGCUAGUAUUAAAGAAAUAAAUCCAUGCCAAGUACAUUCAGCAGUUCCAGUUUCAUCAAGCAUGGUGAAGCUGUAGAUUUACUAAGGCAUUAGCUUGCAUUAAUCCACUGGCUGAUAGUAGUGGGUAUGGCAGAUACUCCUAGGGCAUGGGUGGAUGUUUUAAUUGCACAGCUGUGCACAACUGAUCAGAUCAAGGCUAUCCCCACUGUCUAGCACAGGAGGUGUCAACUCCUUGCUAUGAAGUGGAAGAAUAUCAUCAAUACUGUGAACUCCUUCUUCAACUUGUGGAUCUAUUGAAAACGUAUCAGGAAGGAGGACAGAAAACUUUUGGUCCUCAUCCAUAAAGAGGCAUGGUCUGUGAAAUAUGAAAGUUUGGAAGAAAGCUUUAGGUGAACUACUACAGCAGAUUUACCCUAGCAUUUGGUUUAGCGUCCCCUAUCUGCAUUUAUUCUACAUGCCUGAGGAGUCUGCUAAGGAUCUCAUAAAUUAGUGAGAAUUGGUUACAGAAACUAGCAUCCGUGAGCACAGUAAGGCCCUCCAAAGCUGCAGAGCACAGACUAGACCUCCUAAGCACUAGUACAGAUGUAGUACAUGUUUAGCAGAUAAAGAGGUGGUGCCAUAUAAGGACUCCUUGUAAAACAUAGCUUUGCAGAUAUGGAGUCAAGGCAGUAAGCAAAGUCUAGUCAGGUACCGUCCAAAGAGGAGGAAAGAGAUUUGUCAAAGUGGCACAUUGUAACACUAUAACAUGAUGGAAAACACAGCAAUGACAACGGGAUAGCAGAGCCCCAGGCUACAGAGUAAGUGAAGAUAAGCUCAAAUGCAGCAGCCAUAGAUGCAAAAACAAAGGAAAAAAACUGCUCACCUUCAGAAAGCCUCACAUAGGCAGAAAUCCCCAGUAAGACACCCUCACCUCCACUGCCAACCCUUAAAUGACUCUGUGAGCUCCGGCCAUUCAAGUGCAUUGCUUGCAGCUGAGCUCUUUUGGUUUGGCUCUGCCUUCCCACCAGGUGCUCAAUCACCGGUUCAGACUUAGCAUUUCUGCUACACACAUUCAAUAUGAGUAGAAGCAAAAGCAAAGAGUAGGGGCCAGCUGUACUAACAACUGCACUGAGAACCAGUACUCUGCAUGUAUCCCUUCGGCCUUCUAGCUGCUGUCUUUUGGCCAUGUAGUAAAAACUUCACACUUGCAGACAGCGUACAUAAGCUUUCGAAAGUAAGGCAGGGUUUGGUGCUCUCAAUACCACCAUCCCCUGCUGAAGCACCCACAAAAUGUCAGUGCUUGUCACCGCUGGCACUGGUACUGUCAGAGUCCAUUUUGAUGCAGCUCUGCUUUGCAAUCUACAGAGCAGGAAAACCACAUCCUUUCAGAAUGUGACCUACUAACUCUCAGAGUGAGGUGUGAUUUCGCUCAAAAAAAAUAAAAAGCCAGAAAGACAUUUUGAAGCUGUAGCUAGCUUAGUGCAGAGAGUAAGAUAUUGAUGCAGAGGUUACUGAAUCAGUAAUGCAUUUAGGGGUCUUUGCUUUUAAGCAUGGUACAAAUUAGCAGAUACAAAUAACAGCUAAAAGGAGUGAUUUCCUUUUACCAUAUCUUUGUGUUCUUCAUGUCUUGCAUGAAAUUAACAGGCUUUUCAGAAAUUCUGGGAGAAAUCAUACUGGCUACUUUGAGCACUGAGAUGCCUGUCUGCAGUGAAUCUUUUUCUGCUCCUUGCUGGACCAUGGAAGAGGCCACUUUUUGUUUACGGGAUAGAAAUGACAGAGGUCAUGGCAGCAUAAGUGAGUAGGCCUUGAAAUUUUACAAUGGAUGAAUUUUCACUUGGCUGAACCCUAGGAAUCAGAAACUGGCCUGGAUUUUUCUACUGCUAUUACUCUGACUACCAAAUCUCUCCCGCUCCCAGAAUUUCUGAAACAAAAUUUUACCUGGAAAGAGCUCAAACAUAUUUUGAAGAGAUUAUGAUGAUUAUUUUAUGUGUUUUCUCCUCUGCGUAUCUCAUUUCUGCCAGCAGAAAUGCAGCUGUGGACAGGGAGAUGCAGGUCUCAAACUCUAGCUCACUGAGCCAGGCUGUUUAGAUAUCUUGGCUAUAAUCCCAACAAAUAUUCAGAGUUUGGAUUCAGAAGGCUCAGGCACCCAGCUCUCAGCAAGCUGCAUGAGGGUGGGCAUAAUGAGGCAGGAUCUAUUGGAAGAGCAGCUAAAUGUCAGCUGAGAUAACCUAAGAUACUUGUCCAUAGAUUCUUUACUUAGGCAACCCAGUCCCAUUCCUGCUGGACCCACAUUUACUUUUGAAAAUCCAUCCCUCAAAUAUUCACAUGCUUAAGUGAACUGAAACUCCAAACCACUUUGAUUUUUAAACAGAAGGAGGACACAGAGCCAAGAGCAAGGAAAAUUUCACUAGUUGCUACCUGUAGCGUUACAAUACAGUCAGGGAUAUACUGGGAGAGAUCCAGAAAAGUACAAGCAUCAUAUAUGUUCCCUGUUGAGCCAUGCUGUAACAGCUGGGUAUCCAGCUAUCCUUGCCACUCAGCUCAUGGCUGCCUGCACUGCAGCUGCUAAGAACUUUUUGUGUCAUAAUCAAUAAGUCACUAAGUGCCUUGGUCUCCUUCCUGCAAAAUACCGAUGAUGAUUCUACCACAGCCAGCAUUUCAGAGAUUGCCAUCAUACAGCAUGUACCAGAGAAAAAUCUGUAAGCUUUCCUUUAUUUCCCUCUUUUAAAAAGCACACCUAAACCAGCUUCUUCUCCUGUGCUUCUUUACACACAUCAGUCACAGCUGUAGUCCAGAAGGGAGUUCAUAUUGACAUCUCAACGCUUGUUUUCUAACCUCACCUGGUACAAAAGUGGCAUGCUCUGCAAUUAAUUCUCUUAUGAAAUUUUGAAGGGAAUUAUUAGAGUCAUGACUAGCAGGAAAGGAUUUCAAGAGAAAACCUCUAAUAAGGAAAGCAUGAUAUGAGCAAAAAACCCUUCAAAUUAAUUGAACAGAAAUCAGCCAACCUGAAGAAAAUCACAAACUGUUUGCAAGUGAUGAAGAGAGAUGCAAAAUUCAUCACUCCAUUCAGCUCUGAAUUCUGAAACUUGACAGUGUUAUAAAAAGAAGAUCCCUGAUUAGAGAGGAAGUAGUUCCUGCUUGAAGGCUAGACUCACUUUUAAAUUGUCUUCCCAUGCCCUAACUUUUCCAUAUCUAACUACAUCAUUCAUGGUGAGCAUCUAGAGUUCAUCUAUUUGGAUUUAUCUACACAUAGGAAGUUAGAAUUAUUACCUUACACAUAUGAAUGCAACUGUCACCUACUCCAACAUAAGCUUUAUCAUUUGGACUGGUCCCAGCGGCAGUAAUCACUCAUAAAACUGAGCAGCUUCAGUACAGCUUGUGGGUUCUCAACACCACCAAGGUCUUGCACAAAUUAAAGACAGAUGUGGUCUUCAGCAUGUAUGGCUAGUUUAAUCAGUGGUUACAGCACAUGUAUCUAUAAAAAUGACAUGCCUGACAUAAUUUAGAUUAUCUGGGGAUGUGUAAUUACUAAUAAUACAUUGUAGCUCUAGAACCACAACUAGAUAAACAUGUCACAUACAUGCUUGUUUUUGUUUUCUAAAAUGCAGAGCAAGCUCUGCAAGAGAAAACAACAAACAUUAAGGGCUGGCUGAAAACUGUCCAGGGCUGCAGGGGGAAAAAUGCUUGUCUGCAUCAGGUGUCUUUCAUUGUAUGACUGCACAGAAAAAGAUGUAAACACACUUUUUAUUUACUGAGGUAUUUGGAUGAAGUAACGAUAAAAGCAGUAACAGAUAUAAGUUCACAAACUCAACUCUUCUUGUUUGUUUGUUUGUUUGUUUGUUUUCCUGUAAAGACUAAAGUAGUGAAAUAACCACUGUUAACCUCAAAGAAUAGGACUGAGGUCAGCAAACAGAGCAGCCUAAAAGCCUGAGGGAUGAGGGCAGGAGGAGCAAUUGCCACUCAUCAUAUGAAUGGCAAGCAAAGAGAAAAGCAGAUUUGACCUUUCAGGGAGACCUGGAAACAGCCCCAAGAACAGUGGUCAUUAAAACAAAACAAAACAUACAAAAAGGCAUUAAGAAAACCUCACUCCAAUAGGAAGAGGAAGUGAUUUAAGGGGAUUAGCUCCAGAAAAAACAAAGCUCCACUCUUCCUCAGAGUGCUGAGAACUCCCAGAAAUACUCUUCUAUAGCACUGAUGGGGCUGUGAAAAUGGACAAACGUUGGCAACCACUCAACAAAUGAUAGUAAUGGGAGGUGACAUCUCUGGACUUCAACCAGCUAGCACACAAUUGUCUCAUUUUCAUGGGGUGUCAGAUUAGAUUUAGCCUUUAGCACUUUCCUUGUUAUGUGCCGUUUACCUCCUUUCUAGAGCAGAACACAGAACAUUUACAACUCUACGCUGACUUUGACCUGCAAACACAAAUGCCAGGCUACAAAAACGAGAGCUGAAUCAUUUAUUUUCCCAUCUGUGACCUUUCUACUUCCCUUUCAUGUCACUUUGUUUCUUUAUGAGUGGCUCUCAAGCAUCUACAUCCCAGAAGCAUUUGAGAAGAUUCAGUAGAUUUGUACUUGGUGAACAGGAGCCUUUCACAAUGGGCAAAACAGAGUUCCCAUUUUCUGACAGUCCUUCUUCAACAACCAUAACAACUACAAAAACUACAACAGCCUGGUAACCUGUUUAUCGAAAUCAAACUGAAAUGCCCUCAAUUCUUGGGAUGUCAGAAGCAAACAAACAUGCAACACUGUCAUGGCUAUCAGCUAGACAUCAGUUUUGCCUUGGCACUUUACGGCUGGGAGAGCUGACAAAGUCUUCUCCGUCUUGAGACUAAACACACGAAGUCUCAGAGCCAUAGCCAAAUUCAAGUCAGGUUUGCUAGAUCAGGAUUACUCAAAUGCCCUCAUGCUUUCACUGAAGUGUUCUGCUGUACAAACCCAACUCCUCAGGAUUACUUGCCAUAAGACCAGAGAAUUCAAAAGCACUGAUGCUUUUCUGAAGCUGAUUUUCAGAUCCCAAUGUUUUCUGCAUCAACACAAAAAAUUUCAGUCCCUUGAUCUUCAAGUUUUUUCAGAUAUUUAAGCUUUAAAAUGAGAUGGAUUUUAUGGACUCAAAAAUGGGCUAAAGAUAAGGUCUAUGGAGUUGGCUUGCAGACUUCAGAGUUUGAAUCUGAGACUCAACAUAGAGUAAUUGUAGAGAUGGAGAGAAAAGAAAGGUAUGAAAAUGAAAGCAGGCAAUAAAAUUUCCAGGUAGUUUAGAUACAUGGGGACUUCUAGAGAAGAGGUAUGGGUAUGACUAGCAUCUAGUAUUGGUAUGGUUAGACAUUAGACUAGAUCUGAAUUAGUCUGAAUUAUCAUAGAAGAGAUGUCUAAUGCUACCUACUUCUGCUCAAGCUGGAAAUACCAGAAAAAUUCCCUUUGCUUGUGGUAUUUUGGCACUUCUGGGUUCAGUAUACAGAGAUGAAAAAAAAACAAAUUACGGAAAGGCUUGAACCAGAGCUCCAUCCAAAACCCUUGAGAGCACGUUACAUCUUUGGGUUGAGUUCCAUGGAAGAUGGAUGCAGGAUGAAGAAAAAAAAAGUUAACACCUUCUUCUCAAAACCUUCAAAAAAACAACUGUCCUGACUACAGUUUUCUUGUGGAAGUAGACAAAGACUCAUCAAGGAUCCAGUUCAGCAAAGCACACAUGCAAAUGAAAGCACAUGCAUAAAGCAGUGCUGAGCACAUGCGUAAAGUUAAGCACAUGUCCAAUGGAAUUGUUGAAUACAGGACUUAGGUUUUAAUCCCUAGCAUUCAUUUCCCAUUUAGACAGACUUUUCAGGGAAAGAAAAGGGAUUAAAAAAAAAAAAAAGAGGUAUGUUUAGCAAGAUAUUUUUAGAUAGAUUUUUAAUGGAAUAUUUGUUAAGCUUUCUUCCACCCCAGCUCUCCCCUAACCGCUGUCUGGGUUUUGUAUGUGUUUUUUUAAUGGUUAGUAAUGCAUCAUAGUAUGGCUGCUGUUUAAAUGUUUUUCUGAAGAAUAAAAAAAAAAUGUAGUCUGUGCUUAAGAAAAGUGGUUUGGCACAAACUGGACGUUUUCAAACAUCCAUUUACCAGAUGGAUCACUUUGUUCAAUUACAAAGAAGAAAGAUGGAAAAAGAGUUGAAAAUCGAAUGGAAUGUUCCUAAGCACACAGCAUUGUUUACUAUCUGCAUAUCUCCUGGCAUCUUGUGAGAAACUAUCAGUAAGCUCUUCAAAAAGCCUGCAUUUUUUUCACAAUAGUAAAAAAGGCAGUAAAUAUAUUUUUUACAAUAGCCUGAUGGAAAAAUGUGCUAAAGUAUUUCUAUAAAUCAAAUGUAGCAGCUUGGCAUUAGCUCUGAGGCAGUAAAUUUAGUAAAUUAGGACCAGAUGAUUUUAAAAUAGAAUCUUACAUAACUUUCUGGUGUGAUAUAUAUAUUUAUUUGAUUUAACAAAAGUUUGUCUGUCUUCAUAAAGUUAUCCUGGCUGCUACCAGAAUGCAAUUUGAUCUUUUAGAACCGCAUUUUUUGUUAUUUACCAAGUGUGAAAUGUUUCAAAUAGCAAAGUAAGGAAGGUAACAGAUUUUUCAAAAGGCAGAAAAGGGUAUCAUCUGUACUGAUCCUCACUAGGUGUGAGGUACUUUGGAUCCCUAAUGUUCCUAUCCUAGUAAGAGACCAUUUCUCUCUCAUUAAGUCAAUUAAUAACAGUCUGUUUCUCUACCCAUCUUCCUUUUCUUGCUUUUUUUUUUUUUUUUUUCCCACAAAUUUAAGUAAAUGUUUCCCUCCGUUCCUCCAAACAGUGGUUCUUGUUCCUUUAAAUACAGAUUGGUCCAACAGACUUUUCUUUCACCCAUCUGCUCAGACUAGGACUCAGCAUAUGAGAUCUUUGCAUUUCUUCCAGCUUUCUGACUUUUGAUCUGUCUGUACCAGAAGACCUAUCUCUGAGAAAAGAGGAAAAUGAAAUGAUAAGUCAUUUUAGUCAAAACCUUUUGACCCUGUCUACGUGUACACACCUGAAAACUGCUCUCCCAGCACAUCUUUGACUCUCGUGUUUCUGAGCCGACAUUUCCACCACUAGAUAGUCAUGUUUGAUCAUUUCUUGUGCUCUGGGGAGAGGGGAUUGGGUAUGCACAGCCCUCUCAAUCUUCUUUUUCCAUGAAGACUCAUCCAUACCAUGAUCUUCAUUGGAACAAUAGCUUCUGGAACACCACUGUGGAACCAUUCCACAGUAGCUGGGAGCCUUUUCAAAAGCCUUGCUUUUCAUAGAAAGAGCGGUCCUUUUACAGUGCCUAUUUACUGACCAGAGAAGCAGAGCCAACACACUGCCUCAAAACUGUGAAGCAAAAGGACAGCCUCACUAACACCCUGACAUAUCCAAGAGUUUUAUAGCAAUGGCUUCCAGACAUACAUACUUCAGGGCUUUAUGGCACAAAAAAUGAGCUAUGCCUCUUCUUGGAAAGUCGUUUUAUAAAAGCCAUACAACUCCCAGAAAGGGCUGAACUGUGAGGAGGUGGGGAGUCAAAUCUUCAUGUCAGCCUCAUGACUCAAGCCCACAUUAGACUUCAGAAGCAGACGUGAGUCAAUCAGGAUGUGUGGGAAAAGUCCGACCCAGAGGGUAAAGACAGAAAAGAGAACGUAGAUGCUGAAGGAGAGAUCAGGAAACUGAUAUGUGCAGCCUUCCCUUCACGUAGCCUGGAGACAGGUGCUUCUAUCAGCUCAGCCAGUGUCAGUAUCCAGCCUGAAGUCAGUGAAAGAAUAACAGUGGUGGAUACAUGUGACAGCUGAGUUAUCUGCAGUGCUGCCUCCCUCCGCAGAGACAAUCUGCUAAGAGGAGCCAAUUAAGUCAAAGCCAAAGCUUGGGGUGAUGUGUUGUGUGAGCCAAAUCCUGGUCCCAAUGAAGUCAAAGGAAGUUUUGCCAAUGGGAACACACUUUGUCCUUUUCACCCCAUCUUUGGCUACCCUAUUGCUGGAAGCAUUCAGAGUGCAUGAACGACAGCAAUGGAAAAGAAAAGGAACACAGUUCCCACGUUCCUUCUCUUCUAGUAUUGUUUCCUGAGAAUCCUGCAACACAAAGUAAGGCAAUGAUCUUUUCUUUAGAUGACAUUGGACUGAACUGCUUGUUAAAAAUAACAGAAGAGGAGGAGGGGUUUGGAAAUCAGUCAUUUUCCUUUAAGGAAUGAUUUUGGGAGUGCAGACCAUAAACAGAUGGCAGCAAAGAUAACCAUUUUUGGCAGUUUUGUGAAGAUUAAAAUUUGCACUGAGGAUGAGAUGAGAGUUGAAACAGCAACACCCAAAGAGGAGAAAAACACAAGUCAGUGUGAGAUAUUUCACGUGCUUUUCUCUGUUAAGGCUAUCAACGAGUCUCCACAAAUCUGGCUGAAGCAAAAGAAAGGAAAGACGCUCACUUUCCUAUUACAUAUUUUCCCUCCAAACACAUCCAAAAGAAGCAAAUUUCCCUAAAAUUCCUCAACCCUCAAAUCACCCCCAGGCCAGGACCUCAUGGGAAGCUCAGUGAUAAAGGCAAAACAGGACUUUCCCCUUCAAACUGAUUUUUUUUUUUUUUUUAAUCCCCAAUUUGCAUUUUAUUUGAUUUUCACUUUUGAUUCCCUUCCUCCCACUGAAACGAACUGGUUGCUGGUAAGGGGCACUACCAGAGAAAAUGCUUUUGGUGCUAUGAAAGGCUGGUUGACGAGAGGUGGAGGAAAGGAGAAAGUGAGAAUAUACAGUACAACACAUCAGAUCACCUAUGCUAAAAUAAGCAUGAGAAACAUUCAAGAGGAGGUUCUUAAAAGCAGAGACCAAAAAAACCACAGGCUUUGCAAUCAAAAUGGACACAGUUGCCUAGUCCAGUCAAAGGACAAUUACUUGGACUGUGUGUAAAACUGAUGGGUACUUUAUAAUCAGAAGGAACUGCAUUUUAGGGGCAGUUCUGAAUUUUUGCCAAGCUGAAGUAGUAUGCAUUCUGCCAGUUAGGGAGAAGGAUAACCUUCCACAUUUAAUACUCAGCUCUAGAGUUUCGCCCAAACUGGGUAAUGUUCAGAUUGGAAGCCUAGGCAAAGAUCUGAGCUUUUCAAUGCUAACACUCUGACUAACUGCAUGAAGAGCUUAACAUGCCUAAGUUACAGGGAAAUUUCUUGUCUGAGGCAAUUCUAAUUCUCCAUUCUUUUCAUCUAAAACUAGCUAUGAUGUCUAAGCAUAUCUUCCUCCUGAGCAAUCUCCCUGUAUGAUAUCUAUCAUAUGUCACGGACACAACUGUGAACUAGAGAGAACAGAAGUCUUUUGCAGCCUCCAUAGUUGUGCUAUUUCUCAUCUUUUCUAAGAAAAACAAAAAAAUGCCUCUUUUGGCAUCAGUAGGUUGAAUGGCAUGCAUGCCACACGUCUGGAAGCAAGCCUGUAUAUUUUAACUCAUGUAUUAAAAACAUUCAGUGCCAGAAGGGAAAAUAAAGGAGCGUAUUCUACCAGCACAACUGUUAAGACUGUUUUGUUUGUUUGGGAAAUGAAUAAGCCUUUUACGGUAUCUCUGGAAGGAAUAGGCCAGUGCAUGCUGCAUCCUGACAUUCUUUUCUGUCUCCAGCCUUUCCAAAAUACCUUACAUUCUUCUUGCCUCCUCAACACCACCAGGUCCUAGGGUGCUAGGAACCCAGUUUGCCACUGUGCUGCUGCUUUUGUGAAGGGCAGAAAUUGCCUCCAGUGGCACCAGUUUCUGCCAUCUCUCACACCCAACAGUACUGAUGUUCCCAAGGCUCCUACUUGUUUUGGCUUCUCACAGUACAGGUGGCAGCUCAGUUCCAAUUCCUGCCAUCUUCCAGAAAUUCUUGCUCAUGCUGCUCAGGAUGCGAAUCCCUUCGGCGAUCCCCAUCCACACGCUCUGCUCUGCUGGGUUAGCUAUGCUGCACGGGCCUGGAUGGGCUGUUUUCCUCCAUCCUCAUCUGCAGUCAGUACUCAGCCUUAGAGUAGAGAUAAAUGUCCUUUGUUUUGAUUUUGCAUUCUCUCCUUUCCUUUCCCCAGAGUGAGAUGGGUCCCUCAUGCUGUUUUAAUAGCGAUUCCACUGUUUCCCUUUCCCAUGUUCAUUUCCUCCUGAAAACCUGACUGCCUGGUUCAAAUAACAAGUGGAAAUUGCAGCAGUAUUUAUUUUCAUACUUUAUGUUAAACUGGAAUAGAUUUUGAAUUUUUUUGUUCACCAGAUCAGGCUGGUAGCUUAGUGAUAACCCAGUGCCAGAAUAUCUAAACCGCAAUUGCCUUCCAUGAUUUCUCAGGCUAACAAAGGCUGGAUUCAGUUUUAAAUCUUUUGGGUGGGAGGACACCAAUGUGUUUCUUUCUGGCUGGCAUUUGAAGCAAAACAGAGGGGACAGAGGGAGCUGCAUUUAUUCUCUUUAUCUGAAGGAGGUUCAAUAAGCAGGGCCUUGAUGGUUGACUUACAGAGUUAAGCGAGCGAUUCCUAACAAACACCACAUAAAAUGCCCUUCUUGAGAAUGUUAACAGCUUUUGUGCUUUAUUAUAAAAAGGAUGUGGGAUGCCUUAGUUCAUAAAUGUUAAAGGAAAUGUAGAAUUAUAGGCCAAGGCAAGCGAACUCAUGCUGCAGUUUAAAGGCUAUUUAAGCAGAAUGGUAUAGUCGCAUUUAAAAAGAUAGUUAACAUUUUUUAAUUAACAUGUUUUACUAACAUUUUUUCUUCCACAAUCUGACCCUUGCAUUUAAAUCUGAUCAUGGCAAGGAUCACUGUCUAACCUUGUGCCAUUAGGACAGACUUCUGCUACAGUUAUAUGAAAUAAACUGCUUGCUUGAAAAUAUUUCCUUCAUUAGUCAGAGGAAAACAGAGCAGAUUUUGUUUUGAUCUACUGAAAUGCGAAAUAUUGCCUUCUCUGGAUGAGAAUGAAGUCUUGUUCUCCUUAUCUCCUCCUAAGAUGGGAGAGGUAGCCUUUCUGUCCACACAGACAUAGAACUCAGCCCACGUCAGUGGUGAAUUUUUGUCAACUUUCUUUUCAGGAAACAGCAGCAUUUCAUCUUCUUUUCAUAGAUUUCUCCAAGCAAGCAAAUUCCACCAUUCUGUAUACAAAACUGUUCUAUACUGAAGAAAUUCUCUCCACUGAAUACCAGCUGAACCAUUCUGCAUAGUAUUAUAUAGGUGAUGGGACCAAGAUUGAUUAUCAAGGCUCUCCUUGGUUCAUGAAGUGCAGUGAUAUUAUAACUAAAUUAAUUUUAAUCCUAAUCCCCUGGCCAACUAUCACAGCAAGAAGUGAUGCAGAUGCUGCACAACAACCAAAGGAUAGCUGAGGCUUUGUGCAGGAAAAAAAAGAUCACUCAGUGCUUCCAAAACACCAGGCUCACAGACCCUUCCUGAAAAGGCUCUCUCAACUGUGAGGGAGACACUCUGCUGUGCCUCUCUUUUCCUAGGUUGUGUCAUGGGGAAAGCGGAACAAGGGAGUUUUGUUUCAGUAACCUUUCAGAGCAGGAUAUCUGUCUCGUGUUCAUCUCCUAUCAGUUGUCACAGGGUGAUAGCUGGCUGAUUUGUUUCAAUGGCUGUUCCCCUCCCAGCCUGGCCCACAGCUCUGUUUCAUGUUGUACACUGAGGGCUGUGUGGUAAGAACUGAUCUUGGCCAAGCACCCCUUGUGCUGCAGGGCCAUUUCACCUGCUGACGACCCCCAGACACUUCAAAUAUACUCAGCUGGCAGUUUGGAGGGCACAGAGAGGACUCCACAUCAGUGGCACAGCAGGCAAUAAAGCAAGCAAUAAGCUCACCAGGGUGGUGUGUGAGGAGACACUGGGUUGCCCAAAUGAGCAGAGAGUAAUAUUAAUUUGCCCUCAGCAAAAGCAAAGAAACAAAGGCCAUUGAUGCAGGCACAAGGCAAAGUCACAGAACCUAUUUACUACUCCACUGAAAUUGCAGCAGCAUAAAAUAUGAGGCAGUGAUUCAAUUCAUUUCUGGGCUGUGAAGCAAAAAGACACAUUACAUGAAUUGCCCUCCUGAGAACUUCAAUAGGGCCCCCUCGUUAUAAAUCCUGGCAGCAUCGUUCAAGUUGCCUCUACAACACAGACAUCAGCAGAGCCAGGUCUUGGCUUCCUCACCAGCAUGUUCCAUUGUAUAAUUUAGCUGAUUAUCCAAGGCAACCAAUUUAAAACUUCAUAAGACUAUGCCUGAAAUACAAUAUUACACAGUAAAAGCAACAACCAUCAACAAGGUCAUCGCAGAAAGCAAAGUGCUUGCACUAACCACAGACAUGUACUUUCCACAAUCAUCACUUUCUAUAGUAACACGCCAAGGUUAGAGGAUCAUAUUUACAAAUCUCUCUUUCAAGGCAUAUCUAAUUCCUGAUAUUCACGAUAGACCGGGGAGCUCCGCCACGCUGCGAGCUCUGCUACGUGUAACUAAGAGGGAAUAUUUCACCCUUGGGGAAAUUAAAGACCCACUCAAAGAGCAAAGAAAAGCUGUGGUUGUAAAUGGAGGAGGUGAGAGAGGGAGGAUGCGUGAGUCAAAUGAGCAGUGGGGUUUUACCACGGAGGCGGUGUGAGAUGGCAAUCUUUUUUCCUCCCUGUGAAAUACUAAUUACGACUAUAAUGUAUAGCUAUCAGCAUCAAUCGGUUUUGGGAUAUGAUGCCCAAAAUUUCAUUCCAGUAGCAUAUAAUUAAAAGUUUUUAAUGUGAGCUAUGGAGAGCAGUACAUGCAAAACAGCAAAUACAAGGGAACAACCCAGCCGGAAUUUUACAUUCACACAUCUGUUACCUCGUAUUAAAAUCAGUCAGGGACACUUCAAAUACACCAAAAGCAAAACAAGCUAAAACAAAAGCAAGUGGCACACCUUCUCAAUUGUGCUUAGUUUGAUUGUAAAGCCCUUCAAAAAAGGGAAAACACCAAUUACAUGAAAAGUAUCAGCACUGGUAGGAUGACUGGAAAACAGACGCAUUCCGCAUAAAAACAUAGAUUAAGUCAGAAAUAUGAUUCUACUUUUCUUGCUUUUGUCUCUAAUACUUACCCAGUCCUUAUUAACGUGCUUUUACAUCCUUUAAUGCAUUCAUCUUCACGACAAUGGUGCCAGAAAGGGAGGCUUUCACAUUAAGAGUUUAUACAUUAAGAGAUGAUACAGUCUUUAUCCAGGGAAUGGGAUUUGGGUGCCAGUCCAACACCACGCUACCACUUUGGCCACUGCAUUCUCUGCCCUUCGCACAAAUACCCUAGGAGAAAUUUUUAUCCAUUUUUAUACACUCAGAAGAGUGUAAGCAGUCAACGUGAGGCCAAGGAGCCAGCAAAGCCAUGGCACUGCAUAGGGACCGGGGAUCAAGGAUGGUCACAGAGCGCAUACUUGAUGAACUAUCAGGGCAUGUGCAGGCAGGAAAACAGUACUGAAAAAGAAACACCAGUGAACACGUACAGUACUUAUUUUAUCCUAGAACGACAGAGCGGAGAAGGAGAUUACAGAUAAAAGUAUUGCAUUCUUUAGAGGCUCUGAAGCCAUGUCAGCAAUAGGAUCCCUCUCUAGGGGAUUAGUCGCGUAAGAAUGUAAGGAUAUCACUGUGCCACGGAAUGAAGUUAUGUUUGCGGUCCGGUAGUGGAAGAUUAUUCUUUGCUGUUUGUCCUUAGGCCACUAGAAAUAGUCUUGAGUCCAUCUGCGACCUAGAAAUGUUGGCUAAGAGGCAGCCUGGGCAAAAAGGAGAGAAUUUACUUCCCAACAGCCAUCUCUAGAUCACUGAGGCGGCUGAGGCCAUCCGUCCUCUGGUGUCUAACUGAUGUUUAAACACACAAAGCGAGCGCUGGACGUUUUGACUCCAGUGGCAAGAAAGAUCAGUUCUGAGGGACGCUUCCAGGGCGCUUUGAGCAGAGAUCUGCCAGCGACGGGUGCCACAGACAGAGGCCUUUUGUUCGCGCACAGCACGAGCCGCCUCGGCUUCACGACCACGCGCGCUUUUCCACGAGUCGCCCAGCCCCGGCCCGACGGGGCAGAGCGGCGGAGCGGCAGAGGGCGGGGCCGCCUCUCCGAGAACGUCCAAUGGGAGAGCGCUAUGCAAAUGAGCGGUGUAGCCUGGCGGCGGGGCGGGCGGCGCGGCGAGGAGAGGCGCUGGCGAUGCGGCGCUGAGCGGAGGGUGGCGGGGCGUCCCGGGCUGCAGCCAUGAAGUACAAGAAUCUUAUGGCAAGAGCUCUCUAUGAUAACGUCCCCGAAUGUGCAGAAGAGUUGGCCUUCCGCAAGGGAGACAUUUUGACCGUGAUAGAGCAGAACACCGAAGGCCUCGAAGGAUGGUGGCUGUGCUCCCUCCAUGGCCGGCAAGGCAUUGUUCCAGGCAACCGCGUGAAGCUUUUGAUAGGUCCAGUGGUACAGGACAGUCCUCCCAGCCAGGAUAUGUCCAAUUCAGGACUGACGCAUCAAUCCUUCAACCAACAAAAGAUCUAUCAAGUGCCAAGCUCACAUGCCUCAGCACGGGACCCUGUCUACCAGGUGCCUCCUUCCCAUAUGAAUCAGGGAAUUUACCAAAUACCCACUGGUCACGGUGUAGCAGGGCAAGAUAUCUACCAAGUGCCACCUUCCACGCAGAGAUGCCUUGACGGUCCACCUCUGACUAACAAGGUAGUAACUCCAGUCAGGUCAGGACAAGGUUAUGUUUAUGAAUUCCCUUCCAAAUACCAGAAGGAUACCUACGAUAUCCCUCCCAUUCGCCCUCUCCAGGGGAUAUAUGACAUCCCCCCCACAUCAGCGAAGGGGAUUGCACAUCCAGUUCCCACUGGAGAUGCAAAAGCUUUAGGAGUCUACGAUGUACCACCUACCAAAGGAAUGUAUGCUACACCCCCGUCUGCAUGCCGAGAUGAUGCAGGCCUGAGGGAUAAUUUGCAGGAUUUUUCUUCUCCAGUGGGGCAUAGUGCAAGACAAGAAGGAGUGUAUGAUAUUCCUCCUCCUAUCACCAAAGCAACUGGGAAAGAACUGAUUAAGAAAUACUCUUCUGAGGGCCUUGUGUUGACUGAUGGAGCGCCACACAAACAGAGUGUUUAUGACAUCCCUGUAAACCAUCAAAACCAUUUUCUUGGACAGCAAAUUGCACCUCAGAAAGAUGUUUAUGAUACCCCGAGGGGAAUUGCUUUCCCAGGACAACAGACAGGACUCAAUGAAAGUCUAGCCUCCGAGGGAAGAGAAGGUGUCUAUGAUGUGCCACCACCAAUGCUCCAAGACACUAAAGGCUUACAAGAUGUGACUGAUGGGAUGAAUAGGUUGUCUUUCUCUAGCACGGGAAGCACAAGGAGUAACAUGUCCACAUCUUCAACAACAUCAAAGGACUCUUCCUUCUCAGCAUCAACUGCACAGGACAAAAGACUAAUCCUUGAUCCAGACACUGCUAUAGAGAGGCUUUAUCGUCUUCAGCAGAUGGUGGAGACAGCAGUCAAUAACCUCAUGGCCUUCACUACAGCAGACUGGCGGUCUUACAGCUAUAUGGAGAAACACAUCAACGAAAUUCACACUGCCGUGGAUAAAGUAGAGCAGUCACUGCUGGAGUACCUUCAGUUUGCAAAAGGAUCAGCAGCCAACGCUUCCUUUCUCUCUGAGAUCAGCCUCCAUAACAAAAUGAGGAGGGAGGUGCAAAGGUUGGAGGACUCUCACCAGAUCCUUACCCAAACCAGCCAUGACCUGAACAGCUACAACUGGUCUUUGAAUGUUCUCGCUGUCAACAGACUGCAGAACAAGUGCGAUGACCUGGAUCGGUUUGUUAUGGUGGCAAAGACAGUGCCAGAUGAUGCCAAGCAACUGACCACCACCAUCAGCGUCAAUGCAGAGCUCCUGUUCAAACAGGGGUCAGGCAGCUCACGUUUCAGGAGCGUCCCAGAGAAUGUGAACACUCCUGAGUAUGCAUAUAACAGUCCUCACAUGCAGCAUCAUGGAGAAAAAACACAGAAUCACUUUAGUUCUCUUCCUCCUUUCCUGAGUAAAGGUCAACAACCUCACAAUAUUGCUAACGAGAGCUCAGAAAAAAGCUGGAUGGAUGACUACGAUUAUGUUCACUUACAGGGGAAAGAAGAAUUUGAAAGGCAACAGAAGGAACUACUAGAAAAAGAAAAUAUCAUCAAGCAGAGCAAAAUGGAGCUAGAACACCAUCAGAUCAAUCAGUUCCAGCGACUGGAACAGGAGAUCACAAAGCCUGUGGAGAACGACAUUUCGAAAUGGAAGCCACCUCAGGCCCUCCAGACUGCCAACAGCACUAUUGCCUCCCACGACAGACAACCGCUUUUGUUCUAUUCUGACCAAUACGAAACUCAUUUCAAUUCCCUCCUGAACACCAUCGAUGCCUUUUUCAGUUGUGUCAGUGCUUCACAGCCCCCCCGGAUCUUCGUUGCUCACAGCAAACUUGUCAUUUUGAGUGCUCACAAACUGGUGUUCAUCGGGGACACGCUCACGAGGCAGCUGACAUCCCAGGACAUACGCAACAAGGUGCGCAACUCCAGCGACCAGCUGUGCGAACUGCUGAAGAGCAUCGUGAUGGCUACCAAGAUGGCAGCCUUGCAUUACCCACACACAGCAGCACUGCAGGAGAUGGUGAACCGAGUGACAGAGCUGUCCUACCACGCACAGCUGUUCAAACUCUCGCUCAUCCAGAUGGCAUCUUUAUGAAACACAGCAGAACCCAACCCGUGAACGGCGAAAUAUCAAAGAAACUGGAGUGGUUUUAUGUGAACAUCACCCUUUAUGGUGUGUAGAUAUUUUAUAUGAAAUGCUUUAAAUACGUUCUUAUGAGUUAGAGAAUCUAACGAAAUCAGGGAUCUGGGAAAAUAUCUGGCUCUGUAUUAUGUUCCUACUAUACAGUUAGUCCUGUAUACCCUCCAUAUAUGUAUAUGUUGCUACACUCUUUAAAACAUCAUUAAGCACCUUAAAAAGUAUGCGUCGGGUAAGCAGUGCAUAUCUUUUGUAUAUACUGCUAUUUCUUCAGUAUAUUUAACUGGAUGCUGCACUCAUCUUGAUUCAUUCCAUCUUAAUUUUGGCACAUGGACUCGGUUGUGAAACCUGCUUGUAGCAAUCCAUGAAUCAUAAUGGUUCUCAUAGAACCCCUUUCCCUUGUUAGAAAUUACUAGGUUAAUUUCAUUAACUCUUCAUGCUGUUAUUUUGUUAUAUAUAGAGGAUACAUUCAUUCUGAGUAGCAUACAUGUACAGCUGCUGCAAGCAACAGUCAAAGCAUAUGGUAUUUGGGAGAAAAGCAUUUUAAGGCCAUACAAGGCCAUGUAAGAAGCAGAACCUUCUAAAAAGGAAGGAAUUGUAUAUUUUUGUUAUCUCAUGGCAUUUAAACUUUGCUGUUUCUAAUAAUCGUAAAGAUAAGUUUUCAAAACUCCAAGUCUUAGCAACAUGAAUUUACAUGUUUACCUUGUAUAUCCUUGCAUUGGCAAUUAAAUGUAGCCAUUGUGCUCACUGUGGACUCAGUUAUCCUGAGAAAAUUAUUUGGGCUCAUCUUUGAGGUGGCAGAUGUGUAACAUCUUAAAAUACCAAUCCCUCCAAAAGCACUGAAUAAGGAUCAUCAUUCAUAUGGGAAGAAAAUAACUGAAUUUGAAAUAUUAGAUAAUUAAACAUCUGUAUAGAGCAUACUGAGUUUAACGAAGGAAAAAAAGUGCAGUUUCUAAGAUAUUCCUGGUAAUUAAUUGCAACCACCGCAAAUUUGUCUUCUAUUCAAGUACUGGGCUUUUUUUCCCCAAAAAACUUGUUCCAGAGCUACUGAUCCUUCUGCACUACAUUGUUGCCAGAGAUGACCUCCUGUCUUAAUGAGGUCACUCCAUCAGUAGGGUACACAAUCCCAACCUGUAACUUUUAACUUGGACCCAUAAAAAACUAUACAGAGUUGCAGGCUCUUUUACAAAUUCUCUAUAUGCUGAGUGCUCCAAAACAUGCAUCAGCCUGUUUUUCUUGCUUUCCUUUUUGAAUUCCCUAAAAUUAAGUCCUGGAACACCAACUGUCCAUGGUCUCAAACUAGAAGACUAGCUUAGAUCACUGGAAAUCACCUUGGAAGGAGAAAUACAACUGGCUUCUGAUAAGUCAGGGUAGUCCUGCAUUGAUACAUUCGGACUGCACAAGAGCACCAAGAGAACAGGCACUUCUAACUUUGUAAGCUUCCUUGAUCACAUCUAAACACGUGCCUUACUGCAGUGGGAUUUGUUGCCUUGAAACAAAACCAUUCCAGCAGUGUGUGAUAUUUUACUGCCUUAAUACGUCACCUCAGAGAGAAGACUGGUCUUAGCUGCCAUCCCAUCGCUUCCCAAGUCUGCAGAAGGUCCCCAGCAAGGCCUGGAGAUAGGAGGUAGUGCAACUGCAGCAGCACCAAAGUCAGCCCUAGUGCCACACACUGGCUGUCUUACUGUAACCAACAGCCAACUGCCAAAAACCUGAACCUACUUUGUACUUUUGCUGUUUGGGAUUGCUUUGGUUUUCCUUGUUCAUUUUUUCAUUGUAUAUUCUUAGAAACUGAGAAGGCGUUUUGAAGCUUACCUGUUGUGUCAGUAGUUUGUGCUUUCAAAAAGAGAACAUUAAUCAUAAGCCCAUAGUACAGUUUGUUAUUUCGUAGAGUCAUUUUAAAAUCAUUACAUGUCUAGGUUGGUUGGUUGUUGUUUUGUUUUUUUUUUAAAAUAAAAAAGCCAACAUUUGGUCUUACUUUUUCUUGCUUUUACUUCUAACGUGUGCUGAGUUGAGCACACGAGGCUCCAGACAGCACCUGAAACAACCACACGGCUCUAAGGAUGAUGAUCUUUUCCAAACCUUAUUUCCCCGUUUCCCUGUUGUUGAGGCAGUCCUCCUGUCAAACACCAUAGAUGUGCGAGGAACAGCAAUGAAGCUAGUGAGUGGCUGGAGUUGGCUGCAUGCUUGUGGCAAAAAGUUCUUGCUGGGAAAGUACCCAUGAAAGCCUUGGGAUUGAAGCUCUGGUGUGGCUCCUGUCCUUGAAAAGGGUCAGCCAAGAAGCAGGGAGGUGCUGCCUUGGAGUACUGCUUUGUUCUGCUAAAUUUAAAAAAACUAACAAUAAAGGGGGAAUUAGGCAGAUCCUUUUCUCUUUCUCUCCUUGCUGAGCCACGAUAUCCCUGGGCUGUUGCUAAUGAACUGCUGCUGUUUGGCAGCCAAGUGAUGGCCCAUGUGAAGGAGCUAUCUGAGGGAGAAAGGUCACUCUUGAAAGCAGAUUUUAAGGAAACUUUCUGGUCCAUCAUAACAAUAUCUACAUUUCAUCAGAGCCCAGAAGAACUACUUCACUGCACCUCAUCCUGCACAACGCCCUGCUGCUGCCUCUGGGAUUUCUCACUGCACAGCUGCUACAUUUGUGCCUGCAUUGCAUGGCUGCAACUUUAGCAAAUCCACUGCCUGCCAUUCUAGCAAAGGAAACACAGGAGAUAUGAGUCAAGCUCUCAGACCAUCACCAAAUCACACCCCAGCAUCUUCACACCCAAGAGCAUUCUCUGAUCAGUUCAUCUGAGAUACAUUCAUCCCUCCUACAUCUCCUACCAGCACACUUCAGAGCAUUCCUGCACCAGAAGCACCAUCUUUCUGCUUAUGGCCAAGCCUCUGCAAAUGCUCUGUGCCUGUAACACUAUAACGUGAUAGAAAGUACAGUGAUAACAGUGGGGUGGCAGUCUGUAGUUGCAACAAACGAGGAUGAGCCCAAGCACAGCAGCCACGGAUACAGAAACAAAUGAAGGAAUUUUCUUACCUUUGAAAGGUACUCCAGCAGGCAGGGAUCUCCAGAUGAGAUACCCUCACCACCACUGCCAACCCUUAAAUGAGAUCUGAGAAGGGGUGGAGCAGGAUCUUGUUUACUCAGGUGCAUUGCUUGCACCUGAGCUCCACUGGGUUAACCCUGCCUUCCCCACCUGGUGUUCUAUCACUGAUUCAAACUGUGAUUUAGUGUUCUCACUACAGUACCAGAGCCCAUUCUGCCUCCAGGGGAGAUUUAGACAGGAUAUAAGUGUUUU